AUGCAACACAAACCUAUUACUCCAUGUUCAUUAAAAGAAGUUCAUACAGCAAAUAGUGGCUUUAUAUCUCUUCUUGGUAUUGUUAAUCUUACUGUUCAAAUUAAUCAUCUUGUAACACACGUUGAUGCUUAUGUCGUCCGUGAUCUUAUCUGUCCUAUGAUUUUAGGUCGGGAUUGGAUUCAACAAAAUUAUGCUGACAUUAAUUUUUGUACUCAUCGUCUUUAUCUCUAUCAUGGUCUUGUUUCAACUCCUUUACUACCUUCUCCUCGUCAUGAACCAGUGCUUAUGUCAUUAUCACAUUCCAUUAUUAUUCCUCCAUUUCAUCAAAAAUUUAUUUAUGGUUCUGUACCUAUUAAAUCAUUAGAUGAUGCAUUAUUUACACCUAAUAUUGCUCUACAACAUGCUCGUCUGGUCCUGCUUCCUCAUUCACUUCUUCAUAUUCGUGAUAAUCGUGGUGUUGUAUCAAUUAUUAACAACACUCGUCAUUCAAAAUUAAUUCCACGAAAUACUCCACUUGGUUUUAUUACAUCAUCAACUGCAACAGCUGAUCUCAACGUCGUUUCUGCAUCAUCACCUAUAAACUCUCCUGGGUUUUCUUCUUCAUCUUCAUGUUUAUCUUUAUUGUCAUGUACACAUUGUGGUGUUCAUUUUUCUACUGAAUUAACAUUGUAUGAUCAUUUAGUUAAUUGUUGUAAUAAAAAUUUAACAUGUACAACAAAGACUAUUACUCCUUUAGUUGAACACAUUACUGAUCCUAUUAAGAAACUGCAAGUUUAUCUCAUGCUCCACCAUUAUCACCAGCUUUUUGAUGAAUCAUGCUCCCAAGGUAUCACCUGUACACCACAAUAUGCUAUCAACACCGGUUCUCAUUCUCCUUUAGCUGAACAUCCCCGUCGAGUCUCACACCUUAAUCGUCAAAUUAUUAACAACGAAGUUAAGAAAAUGUUAGAUAAUGGUAUUAUCGAACCUUCGAAUUCGCCAUGGGCAUCUCCUGUGGUUAUAGUUAAGAAAUCUGAUGGAUCUCCAAGAUUUUGUAUCGACUAUCGUCGUGUAAAUUCUAUUACUCAAAAAGAUGUUUAUCCACUCCCUCGUAUCGAUGAUGUUAUUGAACGUUUAAAUGGUUCCCAAAUAUUCUCAAAACUCGAUUUACGUAGUGGGUAUUUUCAGGUACCCUUAGCACCUGAAGAACAUUCUAAAACUGCCUUCACAACACCUGAUGGUCUUUGGGAAUUUACUCGACUUCCACAAGGCUUAAAAAAUUCUCCUUCUGUUUUUCAACGACUGAUGAAUCAAACACUUGGAUCAUUACGUUGGGACGUAUGCCUCGCUUAUCUCGAUGAUAUUAUCGUUUAUUCCUCUUCAUUCGAUCAACAUGUAUUAGACGUUAAUCAAGUAUGUCAAGUAUUACAUGCAUCAAAUUUUAAAUUAAAUUCGAAUAAAUGUGCAUUUUUUCAACACGAAAUUACAUUUCUUGGACAUAAAAUCAAUGCUCAUGGUUGUUCACCUAAUGAUGAUAACAUUCGUUCCAUUCUUCAAUUUCCUUUACCUCAAUCCAGUAAAGCUGCUCAUUCAUUUUUACAAAUGGUGGGUUUUUACAGAAAAUUUAUUCCUCGAUUUGCUCAAAUCUCCGCACCACUUAAUAAAUUUACUCGUAAAGGUUUCCCGUUUAUUUGGACAGAAGCAGAACAAUUAGCAUUUGAUCAAUUAAAAACUGCUAUUACAUCUCCUGCCGUUCUUAUUCUACCUGAUCCUUCACAACCAUAUAUUAUUCGUACAGAUGCUUCUCGUGUUGGUAUAGGUGCAGUAUUGUUACAACAACAACCACCUGACUCUAUUAGUACACCAACUUCCGCACUAUAUAAACCAGUCGCUUUUGCAUCCCGAAGCUUAAAACCAGCCGAAAAGAAAUAUUCUGCUAUUGAACUUGAAGCAUUAGCUAUUUGGUGGAGCGUUACUCAAAAAUUUCGAUCAUAUAUUGAAGGUCAACAAUUUCUCCUUGAAACUGACCAUAAACCAUUACUGUCAUUAAUGAAAAAACCUUAUCACAAUACUCGUAUUGAACGAUGGAUGACGACAUUACAGCAAUAUGAUAUGAUUAUCCACCACAUAGCUGGUAAAGACAAUACAACUGCUGAUGCUCUUUCCCGUUAUCCAGUUGAUAGACCUGAUAUUAAUGAUGAAGAUACACCUCAUCUUAUUACUUCUUCCACUCAAACUGAAGAUCUUUUCGUCAAUGCUGUUACAACUCGCUCGAUGAUACGAAACCAUCCACCUGCUGUUCCUUCAACAACAACUUCAUCCUCAUCUCCUUCUUCCAAACCAACAACUCUACCUGUUACAACUUCAUCAUCAUCCUUUCAUGAUAUGAAGCUUCUCUUCGAUUACGAUACAUUACUUCUACAUCAAAAUCAAGACCCUGUUAUUCAGAAAAUAAAAUCUGCUUCUCCAUUAAAUCUUCAAUAUACACUUGAUGAUCAUCGUAUCCUUUAUAAACUUAUUACUCGUCGAACUGGUCAAGUACUUCAAUUACCUUAUGUGCCUGCUUCCUUAAUUUCUCAAGUAUUACUGACGUAUCAUAACUCGACAUUUAACGGUGGUCAUUAUGGUAUUAGACGCACUUUUUACAAGAUACGUGAUCGUUUCUUCUGGCCACAUAUGUACAAAGAUAUUGAACAACACAUCUUAUCCUGUCUUAAUUGUCGGAAGACUAAACCUUCUCGUCGAAAACCUGAUGGUCAUUUACAUUCAAUUGCACCACCUCGUGGAGUAUGGGAACGUCUGGCUAUGGAUUAUGUUGGUCCUGUACCUCAAUCUAAAUCGGGUAAUAAAUAUUUUCUUGUACUAACUGAUCUAUUUUCGAAGUUUGUUGUCACCAAAGCCGUUCCUGAUAACACCUCAACAACAGCUGCUAAAUUUUUAUUAUAUGAUGUCUUUAUGAUCUAUGGUGUUCCAUUCGAAAUUAUUACUGAUAAUGGUCAACAUUUUUGUUCUUCUUUAUAUGAAUCUCUACUCAAGUUAACUCAAUGUUGUCAUGUUAAAACCACACCUUAUAAUCCCCAAGCUAACGGUCAAUGUGAAAGACAUAAUGCAACUUUAGUACCAAAUUUAGUUGCACUUUCUAAUCAAUCUCGAUCUAACUGGGAUAAUAAAUUAGCCGCUACAACUUUUAAUUAUAAUGCCACUCGACAUGAUUCUACUGGUUAUACUCCAUUUGAAUUAAUGUUCGCUCGUCAACCUCGUUUUACCGCUGAUUUAUCCUCAUCUUCUACAUCAACUUCUCUCACGGUCUCUCACUAUCACCAUACUAUGCAACAAUUUAUUGAACAUGCAAAAAUUGCUGCUCGAACAAAUAAUCUUCGACAUCAGCAAUCAUCUAAACAACGUUACGAUCGACAUCGCUCGAAUCCUCAACAUCCUGUUGGACAACUCGUCUUAAUUCGCAAUCGAAAUCCACAUAUCAACAAGUUCUCCUCGAAAUUCGUUGGACCAUACACCAUUAUCGAUCGAUUACAUGAUAAAACAUAUCUCGUUAAAAAUGAUAAUACAGGUCAUCAAGCACAAGUACCUGUACACGACAUUCGAUCCCUUAAUUAA